CGUAAAGAAAUAGCUUCAAGGCUUCGACCCAUUAUAUAUUUGAUGAAAUUAACCGGAGAGUGCUCUCAGGAUGUUUUGGUGCUAAACGAGAUACCCGCAACUGGUUCGCGCCUCUUUUCUCGUCUGUACCGCGGAAUUGUAACUCUUGGUCAAUGGGGUGUCGUGGUGCAGUGCGUUACAACUGUUUUCUUUGAAGGUUUUGCAGAUUUGAAGAGAUUUUAUUUUGUGUUGAUCUUCUCCAUCUGGGCUCUACAAUGUGCAGUAGUUGCAACAAUAUGUCUAUAUAUUUUCCCAAACAGGCAAACAGAGUCAUCCCGUUUUUCGCAAUUCUUAAGCAGCUUGUGCAGUGCAGAAAGUAAUGAAAGAAGGUCGAAGAAAUGUAAGGUGAACUUGAUAUUGGCUUUAGUCACUUUCUUUGCUAUUUUCAACACCCUCUUCGUCAUUUCUUUAGACCUCAUGUAUGGCUCGAUAAUCUCUCUUCGUCCUUGGAACGGAUUUUUGGUUUAUCGCUUGAACUUCUUUGCGUUUAUCUUCUGCAGUUGCUUUUCAUGGGCACUGCCAUUUUCGUUGUUUUACGUAUCUUGCGAUCUACUGCUUGGAAUUUUUGAGGAUUUGGAGACCAAAGUAAAAGCAGGCGAUCCCAAUGCCUCCGAUAUCAGAUGGAUUCGGCAGGAACAUCGCAAACUUUGUGUGCGGGUUGAUCUCGCAAAUAAAGUUUUUUCUCAUCUUCUUUUGGCGGCAGUGGGCUUAGAUGUUCCUUUGAUGUGUUUCAACUCUCACCAGCUGGUGAAAUCGAACGCAUCUACGAGUUCAGACUUUACGUUUCUUGUCUCACUUUUGUACUGGUCUGUUUGUGUGGUUGUUAAGUUAGCUUUCAUCCUUUUGGCAGGAGUUAGAGUCAACGAAAAGGUAAGAUUUUUCCUGUUGCAUCGUUGGUUUUCAACACUUUUUUUUUAUCCUUAUCAAGUAAACUAAGCAGGGCUCCAACCUUAAAAUAGCUUUGCGACAGAGUUUUUUGUCUGUGUCAAGAUUUCGACAUCUGUCCGGUGGCAAUUUCUAAUGUGCUCAGUUUGUUUACAAAAGAGCCUGUUAAAAUGCUUCAUCUAAGCUGAAUCUGUAUUGCAAGGGAUUUCAUGGCAAAAUUUCGUAGAUUUCUGCCUCCUUGAUAAAAAAAAGAAAAAAUAUAUAUAUAUAUAUAUGUUUAGGUUAAGCAACUUUACUAACGAUUGCAAGAAAUUUAAACAUUGCUUCAUGUAAAAACAGUCAAUCUAGACGACACAGCAUGUCUUAAAAUUAAUUGAUUCUAGCUUAAAUCUAGACAAGAAAUCUUCCUUUUGUAAAAAUCCUAGCAGGAAACGUCGAAGGAGCGAACUAAUCUAUCAUAUUUACAUGCAAAUUAUUCUUUUUUGUGCGUUUCAGUCCCUUUUCUUUCUUGAAACAGGAAUGACGACACGAGUAAUGAUGACAGAUUGUUCCUCAAUCCCUCUCCUAGGCAAAAUGAUACGAAAUUUAUUUGAGAUAGUUUGCUACAAAUAUGCAUUGCUGAAUAUCCCUUUUUUGCCUAAAUGGUUGCUUAUAAUGUUCAAUAUUUUCCAAUCUUUAUCUUUCUCUUCUUUCUUAUAAAUACGCGCGCCCUGCCAACUUAUGAUUAGACUAUGAUCCAAAGUUAAGACGAACAUUGCCUUUCUUAUGUUAAACGUAUUUGUAACUUUGGAAGAGUAGUUUCAACUUUGAAUCUGUAGUUUAUAAUGAAAAUUACAGGCCACCAUAGAGAGGAUUGUGAAGAAGGUAAACUAAGGAAACAAGAAUUUAUUUAAGGCCUAAUUUCAACACUGUCGAAAUAGUAUCAUAAUUAGCUACCUUCAUCCUUUCUUCUUCCCUGCAGAUUCACAGCUUUUAUGACACCUUACAAAGUUUCACUGUUCCUGACAACAAGGGUCACUUAGAGGUAAGAAGUUCUUAGUGUUUUGGAGAAAUUUGAUGUUUAGGAGAGCCAUUUGAGUCACCAAACCGAUAGAGGCCAACUAAGUUGUGAACAAAAAAAAAACCGUUAGCUGACAAACUCGUGUAGACGUGCGCUGUAAAAUUGGUAGAAUCCUUGCUACCCUUCGCAAAUCAACACUGCGAAAUAUUUAAAUUUAGCCCGUUUACUUUGGCUUGAAGGGCUGUGGUCACGUUCUCCAGAUUUUAUUGCAAAAUCGGAGAGGUAUUUUCUUCUUGAUUCAUUGGUAUUUUAUUUAUAUUUUUUUCUUUUUUUUUUUACCAUUUAUUAUUUUUAGCUUUUACAUUUCAUGAUGCAUCUUCGGGGAGAGCCCAUUGGAUUGUCCAUUGGUGGAUUGGUGGUGAUCGACAAGUCCCUGGCUAUCUCGGUAUUUCUCUUGGUUUCUCUUCACGGUUAUGCCAUCGAUUUUACCUCGGUUGUUGUUAUUUCUUUGCUUUUGAUUUUAUUUUUAUCCAUCUAAUUACUUGAAAUCUAACCCAAAGUCACCUUCUUUCAUCUCCUUGCAGCUCGUAGGAAUAAUCAUCUCCUACUUCGCAGUAUUGAUAACAUUGCCAAGUUGA